GAAGUCAGGAAAUAUAGUGUUAGAAGCUACAGGGCACGUUUGUAAAUAUGUGAAAACCAGUAUGUGUUCUAGAGGGGCGCAGUAAGAAGUCUGUGUCGGCUUGCCUACAUGCGUAGUCCUAAAUCAUCUGACGUUAGCAAUCUUGGGUAUGCCGAAGAUCCGUUGUAUUCUGGCUUUAAGAUCUCUCUGCAUGCGAUGAACGGGUAGAAAGACAAAAUAGGUUAAUUAUCUGGCUUUCAGGUAGUUACGUUUAAUGGGCAUGCGAUUUACUAUGUGGGCUUGACCAUAACAGAUAUGGAAGUCAUGCGACUUUUGCGGUUCCAAUAGACCCAACCCUUCUACUCAGUAUGGCUGCAUUUUUCCUUCGCUCGCUUGUAGCCUUUAUUUGAGCACCUUUCUGCUUUCGAAUGUCGAGUCACGAAAACGUAGCAUGUUAUAGCAAAACCCAGCUAACACUUACGCCGUAAAACAUGCAUCUGCUAAGUGCUUGUAUAUUUAAGAGAUAAGCUGCAUACAAAUGAUUUGCUGUGGCGUAAGGUUACUACCAGGUGUCACAGAGAGAGGCAGUGCUGAGUUGGAGAAAAAAUUGGCAACUGAUGGAAAUGUACAUAAAAAAAUACAGAACAGAGAACGAGACAGCAACAUUUUAAAAGGCGUUCCAUUGCGAGUCCCACUUUUGCAAGUUCAUACUGUCGAUUAAACGAAAAAAAUCAGUUAUAAGCUGUUGUGCAGAUCUGAUCCCGUAUCGCAUGAAUGCCAAAUGUCUGGCUGGCUGCGGCGAAAACGGCGUUAUAGCAGGGAGAAAAUUCUUCCCCGCGACGGAAGAGCAACGUGCUGAUUUUUCAUAUCAAAAUUAGAAAUAACAUAAGAAGGACACCACAUUUGCGAUUGAAUACAUAGGAUUAUAGAAGAUGGGGUGUCUGGGGAACAGUAAAACCGAAGACCAGCGCAUCGACGAAAAAGCACAGCGAGAGGCAAAUAAGAAAAUAGAAAAACAAUUGCAGAAAGAGAGGCAGGCGUACAAGGCUACCUAUCGUCUGCUAUUACUAGGGGCUGGGGAAUCCGGAAAAAGCACUAUUGUGAAACAGAUGAGGAUUCUUCACGUUAACGGUUUUAACGCAGAGGAAAAGAAACAGAAAAUCCAAGACAUUCGGAAAAAUGUGAAGGAUGCUAUAGUGACAAUAGUGUCUGCAAUGAGCACUUUAAUUCCACCUGUCCCUCUUGCCAACCCGGAGGACCAGUUUAGGAUUGAUUACAUCAGAAGCAUAGCACCACUGUCAGAUUUUGACUACUCGCAGGAGUUUUUUGACCAUGCCAAGAAACUUUGGGAUGAUGAAGGAGUGAAGGCAUGCUAUGAGAGGUCCAAUGAAUACCAGCUCAUCGACUGUGCACGUUACUUUCUUGACCGAAUUGAUGCAGUAAGACAGAGUGACUAUACACCAACAGAUCAGGACUUGCUGCGCUGCAGAGUUCUAACUUCAGGGAUUUUUGAAACGCGAUUUCAAGUAGACAAAGUCAACUUUCAUAUGUUUGAUGUGGGAGGACAAAGAGAUGAGAGGAGAAAGUGGAUCCAGUGUUUUAAUGAUGUCACCGCAAUUAUUUUUGUGGUUGCCAGCAGCAGUUAUAAUAUGGUCAUUAGAGAAGACAACAACACAAACAGACUCCGAGAAGCUCUUGACCUCUUUCGUAGUAUUUGGAACAACAGGUGGUUGAGGACCAUCUCAGUCAUAUUGUUCCUCAACAAACAGGACAUGCUGGCGGAGAAAGUAUUAGCUGGGAAAUCCAAAAUCGAAGAUUAUUUCCCAGAAUAUGCUCGCUACACCAUACCAAAUGAAGCAACUCCAGAACCAGGAGAAGACCCAAGAGUAACAAGAGCCAAGUAUUUCAUUCGUGACGAGUUCCUGAGGAUCAGCACUGCAAGUGGAGAUGGACGUCAUUACUGUUAUCCACAUUUCACAUGUGCUGUUGACACAGAGAAUAUCCGCCGGGUCUUUAAUGACUGUCGGGACAUCAUCCAGAGAAUGCACCUGCGGCAGUAUGAACUCUUGUGAUCUGGUUCACAACAGCAAGAGUGCUUUUUACAUACCUGUCUCCUAAGUCCCAUCCGUACUCCCAAACAAGGCCAAAACCAUGGACAAUAUGUACUACUGAAGUUUGGCAGACCCACCUUUUCUUGUUUGUCAUUGUUUUUUAAACAUUUGUUGAAUGGAGGAAUGUUUCUUUUUUGCCAUUCCACUAAGCCUUUGGCUACCUCCUUUUUUAUUUAAGAUAAAUGUAUAAAUAUACAGAAAAAGUAUAUGAGUGAUGUGAGUGUUUAUAAAUACACACAUACACAUACAUGCAAUCUGGCAUCUGCCAAUUUAUAAAGAUUGCAUCACCUUGUGACCUCCAGACCCCCUGACCUCUCAGGCUUCUGGGCUCUCUGCUGCUCUUUCAUUCUGAACACUGAAGAGUGCCCAUAGAUGGAGGGGUAGGGGUGAAUACUGGGAAAAGGAGAACUUAAAAAUAAAAAGAGUAAAGUAAUGCACUUUUGCAUCAGGUUUUAACUGACUGUAUUUACUUUCAAAAAUGGACACACUCAAUGUAGCAUUGUAAUGUUUGAUCCCUAUGUCUUGCUUUAAGCUGUGGUAGGUGAAGGGAGACUCUAGAGACUCUAGAACUUUUCAGUUCACUCUGAAAAGUUAAAGCAACCACAGUUCCUCUGAUCUGUUCAAACAUUUUGUUUAGUCCUCAGACCACUUUGGGUGAAAAUAGAAAGAUGUCCCAUUUCUUAACUUUGUGCACGUUGUGCAAGGUUAAAUUUCUCCUAUACAGAUUUUAAAAAGGUUCUUAUUUUGUACAACUUUAUGGAAAGAGAGGGAAAAAAAAUCUACUUGUAGAUCGAUCUUUGUGCCUUCAUUAUGGCUGUACCUGUAAAUGAAGCUGAGAUGUAAGUAUGUUUUUGACUGCGCUGUACAGCUUGAUGUCACCCUUUCAGCAGAAGGGACUGCAGAUGGGGACCUACUAUAGAUUUUUGUUUUUUUUUUUUGUGUUUGUUUUGUUUAUAUAAAAGGAAAAAAAUGCUGUUUAGAAAAAAAGUAUCUAAAAUCUGUAUACAUUAUGCAAAUGAAUUCCAUUGCCCUCACAUAAAGCAGCACCAUGCUUUUUGUUUUGUUUUUAUAUUUUCUUUUUAAGCUUUAAAAACAUUGGAGAUCAGUUAAAGUGUUCAAAAAACACAACCUGGUGUUGUUUUCAUAGGGACCUUUUUCGAUAUGAAGUAUGUCUGCAAUAUAUAUGGGUGUGUGUAUGUGUGUGUGGGUGUGUGUGAGAGAGAGAGAGCGACAUCGAGCCAGACGCAUGACUGUGUAGUGUGUAUGCAAGAGUGCAUUGUGUGCACUCUUAUAAAUGUGCGUACAUGUAAAUUUAUAGGUCUAUAUAAAUAUAUAUGUACAAUUCUACAUGUUUAAUUAUGUGUGUGUUUAGGUGUAUACAUGAUUUCUAUGUAUACAGUGAAGAUGUGUACAUACACACAUAGAUAAGCAUGUUUGGAGUGAAAAGAAAAUAUGGAAUAAAUGAGUGUGUGCAAUACUGACA